AACCAACUACCUCCUCAGUCCUCUUCUCUCCUAUUUCCCAUAUUUUAUUUGCCAAUCACACACUUACCCCUAAGAGAGAGUAUCUGUGUCACUCUCUGCGCACAAAAACACUAAUAAAGAGAGAGACAGAAGGUACCAAUUAAUUAGCAAACCCAAAAGAAAAACUCAACCUUCUUCGUAGUAGCUUUCAUUUGAAGAAACCACAAAACUCUCUCAACACCUUUUUUACCUCAUCAUUCUCUCUCUCUCUCUCUUUCCCUUUUAUUUACGGUGCUUCUUCUUCUUCUUGUUGCUCACUAACUAACACCAACUUCACAAAAAAAAAAAGACUUAACCAUGGAUUUUGACCUUGAAAACCCUCUUGGAAACUUCCACGACCUUCCCUGCGACGCUGUCCCUUCCCUCUUCCUCAUCGAAUCCGACCACAUCCCUCCUCCGAACUACUGUCAGAGUCUCAAAGCCAGCGACUUCGACAUCUCUGUUAGAAGAGAUGUUGUCUCUUUGAUCUCGCAGUUGUCCUGCACCUUCGAUCCGGUUCUCCCUUACUUAGCUAUCAACUACUUGGAUCGCUUCCUCGCUAACCAAGGAAUAUUGCAACCAAAGCCAUGGGCAAACAAGCUUCUUGCAGUCUCUUGCUUUUCUCUAGCUGCCAAGAUGUUGAAAACAGAGUACUCUGCCACUGAUGUCCAGGUUCUUAUGAAUCAUGGCGAUGGAGGUGCCAUUUUUGAGACACAAACAAUUCAAAGAAUGGAGGGCAUUGUCUUGGGAGCUCUACAAUGGCGAAUGCGUUCGAUCACCCCCUUCUCUUUCAUUCCCUUCUUCGUGAAUUUGUUCAGGCUGAAAGACCCAGCAUUGAGGCAGGUUCUGAAGGAUCGAGCAUCAGAAAUAAUACUCAAGUCACAAAGAGAGAUAAAGGUCUUGGAAUUCAAGCCAUCUACAGUUGCUGCGUCAGCCCUUCUGUAUGCUUCACAUGAGUUGUUUCCCUUUCAAUAUCCGUGCUUCUUAAGAGCAAUAUCCGAUUGUUCAUAUAUUAAUAAGGAAACUGUAGUGCAAUGUUAUAAUGUGAUACAAGAUAUAGCCAGGGAGGAGUACGAAUCGGUGUUGAAUAUAAACUCAACUUCAGACACACCGGUUAAUGUGUUAGACGAACAUUUUCUGAGCUUGGAAAGUGAAAAAACCAACGGAACCAACGUUGUUGUGACACAAGAGCAGGACUUCAAAAGAAGGAAAACCACCGAUUAUGGCAACAAUCGCAGGGUCCCGUUUUCACAUUUUCAUCAAUGCUGAAAGUACCAGAACAAGACCACAUUUAAUCAUCAUCAGGUCCAUCCCCGAGCGAUUAAUUAAUAUUACAUUUUCGUGGUUUAACAACAAAAAUAAUGUGGAAAGCAAAUGAGAACACAAUAAUAGGAAGAGGGAUAGUGAUGGACUCAGAAUGAGAAGAGAAGAGAAUUCGAUCAAUAGUUAGUGGACAAAAUCACUGUAACGUGAUCCUUGUACGACCUUCAUUAAAUCUGUUAGUUGUGUCAAGGAGCAUGGAAGAUAAGAUGGAUUUUUUUUUUUUUUUUGGGUUUCCUAGGAGAGCAAACAAAAAGACAAAACGUGACUUUGAAUUGUAGGGUUGAGUGUUUUUUUUUUUUGUUGGCUGUUUUGUAGUCAAGUGUGGUUCUGUCUCUUAGCUUCUGGCAAAGGAAUAAUCACAAUAGUAAUAGUGAAGCAACCAAGUUUCUUGGAAAAUAAAAUAUAGUACUUUUAUGUAUUAACACUGCCACCCAUGUAUGUUGUUCAUGUUGCUUCUUCCUUAAGUGAAGUUCAGGUCAGCGCAAACCUAGAAUAGCGAAA